AUGUCUGAUAAAGAGUCGGGAGGCGCGAGUGCAAAGCACCCGGAUCUUACCGAAGACACCAAGCCAGACACGGGGGAAGAUCCGGUACCGGAAGUCGCUCUUCCAAACGACUUCAGUCAGUGUCCGAGAACAGACCUUGUUAUUCUGAUUUCGCGAAUGCUGUCGUUCCUUAUCCGAAUCAAUGAUUCAAUACCUAAGGAUAAUUCUAGCGAACUAACUAGGUUCCAUUCGAGGGUACCGCCACAGAUUUCAGUAUACGACUACUUAAUGCGUUUAACUAGGUACUCUUCAUUGGAGCCUGCCGUCCUGAUUGCGUCCGUGUACUACAUCGAUUUACUUUCCGCUAUGUAUACAGCUUUUUCGCUGAAUUCAUUAACUGUGCACCGCUUCCUCCUCACAGCCACAACAGUUGGCAGCAAAGGCUUAUGCGACUCGUUUUGUACCAACAGCCACUAUGCCAAAGUGGGGGGUGUUCAAUGCAGCGAACUGCAUGUUCUAGAAAGCGAGUUUCUUAAGCGUGUCAACUACCGAAUUCUCCCGCGAGAUGACAAUAUCCUAAACUGCAAAGCCGAACGACGAGAAGGAUUGUUUGUCACCGCAACUUAUGCGAAAGAGAACCGUGGUCCUAACAAUGGCUUCAAUGUACUGGACACCUACUAUCAGAAAAUAAUAGAAAUUGUUGGCAGCUAUGAUUCUUCUCCCGACAAGACAAAAAGGGCCCACUACGUUAUGAAGACGCCGCCCGCACCACGCGAAGCCGAAGCUCCAAAAAAAAAGAGGGCCCACGAGGAGAGCGAAUCUGCAGGGAGCCAGGCCAGUUCUUCUUGCAAGAAACCGGCGUAA